GGCAUAAGGCGCGAGCUCGUGCGUUCUGUUGACUGUUUCGUGUGGCGCAAGGCGGCAAGUCACUCAUUUUGUUUUGUUGGGCGCGUGUUAUAUAUUUAUUAAUUUGAAAUCGUGACGAUGGAUAUCAAUUCUUUCAGCACAGUUCUUUCGAACAUUCUGAGUACUGAUAACCAGACUAGAAACAAUGCAGAGACCAUAUAUGUUAGAAUUCCAAUUAUUGAAAAAGUUUCCUUAUUGGUUACUGUCAUUGGAAAUGAUGGAGCACCACCUGAGCAAGCAGAAUUAGCUGCCGCUCUCUUAAGAAGAAUUAUCUGUGAUGAUUAUGAAGAAAUUGUUCAAAAACUGUCGCCCGAUGAACAGUGCCAAUUGAAAAAUCAGCUUCUUCAUCGAAUCCAGCAAGGUGUAAAUUGUAAUCUGAGAAGAAAGACUUGUGAUGUUGCUUCUGAGCUUGCAAGAAACUGCAUAGAUGAUGAUGGGAAUAACCUUUGGCCAGAGUUUCUAAAAUUUCUAUUUGAUUCUGCUUGCUCCCCGGAGGGUAUCCUGAGAGAAUUGGCUUUAACUAUGUUUGCAUCAGUGCCUGGAGUAUUUGGUAAUGAGCAAACUAGGUAUCUUGAAGUUAUUCAACAGAUGCUUUGUCGAAGUUUAACUGAUCAAGAAAGUAAUGUAAGGUAUGCUGCCGUGAAAGCAACUACCUCAUUCCUUUUAGCUCAUGAAAAAGAACUUCAUGUGUUGAAAAUGUUUAGUGAGUGUCUUACUCUGGUGCUGCAUGUUUUCAGUUGUGCAUUAGACGAUCCAGAUGCAUGUCCUGAUGAUAUUUUAAGGCACUUAAUUGAUCUUGCUGAAACUUGUCCUCAAAUUUUUAGAGGGCAGUUUGAUGUUUUAAUGCAACUUUGCUUAAAGGGCAUAACAGAAUCAAAUGAAGAUUCUUGCAAAGAUCUAUCUGUUGAAGUAAUAGUUACACUUUCUGAAACAGCUCCAGCUAUGGUUAGAAAAUUGGGCAUUAGACAAAUUCCUGUGAUAAUUGAUUCCAUUCUCAAGAUGAUGACAAAUUUAGAAGAAGAUCCUAACUGGGAUCUUACUGAUGAUGACAAUUAUGACGAUCAGGAAAGUAAUCCAGUAGUUGGAGAAGCAGCACUUGAUCGCCUUUCUUGUGCUUUGUCUGGUAAAACUGUUCUGCCUAUUGUACUGAAUGUAUUGCACGGAAUGCUAAGUUCACCUGACUGGAAACAAAGACAUGCCGCUUUAAUGGCAAUUUCAGCUGUUGGAGAGGGUUGCCAUAAACAGAUGUCUGCAUUACUACCUCAAAUUGUAGAGGUUAUUUAUCCUUUUAUGGAUGAGCCGCAUUCUCGUGUUCGCUAUGCUGCAUGCAAUGCACUUGGCCAAAUGUCUACUGAUUUUGCACCCAUUUUUCAGAAAAAGUUUCAUGACAAGGUCAUACCUGGCUUACUACGGCUGAUGAGUGAUUCCAGUCCUCGAGUUCAAGCUCAUGCUGGUGCUGCCCUCGUUAAUUUCUUUGAAGAAUGUCCUAAAACUGUACUUUCCCCUUACAUGAAGACUAUUGUUGAGAAGCUUGAAUCUGUUAUUACUUCAAAAUUGAAAGAGUUAAUGGAACGGGGAACAAAGUUAGUUUUAGAGCAAGCUGUUGUCACUUUAGCAUCUUUGGCAGAUAGUGCUGAAGAAAAGUUCACUGAGUAUUAUGAAAAGUUCAUGCCAUGCUUAAAGUACAUUAUCCAAAGUGCCAGUGAUCCUAAUCUGCGAGUUCUCCGUGGAAAGACAAUUGAGUGUGUCAGUCUAAUAGGACUAGCUGUUGGUAAAGAAAAGUUUUUAUCUGAUGCAAGUGAAAUUAUGGACUUAUUGUUGAAAGUACAAACAAAUGCUGCUCCAAUCGCAGAGGAUGAUCCACAGCUUUCAUACAUGAUAGCAGCUUGGGCCAGAAUUUGCAAAAUUUUAGGAAAGGCUUUUGAACCUUAUUUACCAUAUGUAAUGCAGCCUGUACUUAAAGCUGCUGCUAUUAAACCUGAAAUUGCCUUUGUGAAUUCUGAGGAUGCAAAAGUUGUUGAAAAUGACGAAGAUUGGGAACUGGUUAAUUUAGGUGAAAAGCACAACUUUGGCAUCCGUACAGCUGGUCUUGAUGAAAAAGCUACUGCUUGCCACAUGCUUGUUUGCUAUGCACGAGAAUUAAAGGAAGGUUUUGCUGCUUAUGUUGAAGACACAGUCAAAUUGAUGGUUCCAAUGUUAAAAUUUUACUUUCAUGAUGGUGUUCGUAUAGCUGCUGCUGAAAUACUUCCAUGUUUAUUGGAUUGUGCUAAAAUUCGAGGAGACCAGUAUGUUCAAGAAGUGUGGAGAUAUGUACUUCCUCAACUUCUACAAGCAAUUGAUUCUGAACCUGAAAUAGAAGUUUUAUGUGCACAAAUGGCCGCACUUGGGGAGUGCAUUGAAGUUUUAAAUUACCCAUGCAUUGCCCAUGAUGAUUUACUUGUGCUAGUUGGUUUAUUAAACAAAAGUUUAUUCAACCAUUUUUCGAGAGCUCAGACUCGUGAUCAAAAAAGAACAGAAGAAGAUUAUGAUGAUGUAUUGGAGGAAUCUUUCGAAAGAGAGGAUGAUGAUGACGUUUAUCUUUUGGGUAAAAUCGCUGAUGUUGUCUGCACCUUAACUGCAACGUAUAAGCAAGACUUCUACGUAUACUUUGAUAUGUUGCUUGUACCUUUUGUUCGCCUUCUAGAGCCUGGUAGACCUUCUACUGAUCGUCAGUGGUCAUUGUGUGUAUUUGCAGACAUCAUUGAACAUGGUGGACCUGCAUGCUCUAAAUAUCAACAGUACUUUCUGCAGCCACUUUUAUCAUCAAUAAGUGAUUCAGAUCCUGAUCUAAGACAGACUGCAGCAUAUACAAUUGGGGUGCUUGGGCAGUUUGGUGGGCCAGAGUUUGCUCAGUAUUGUAAAGAGAGUGUACCUCAAUUAAUUCAAAUCAUUAAUGAUCCACAAUCGCGAUCUGAAGAAAAUGUAAGAGCCACUGAAAACGCAAUAUCAGCUGUUACAAAAUUCAUGGCAUCUAACAAUUCACUUAUAAAUUUGAGUGAGAUGAUUCCUAUGUGGAUGUCGUGGUUACCAAUAUGGGAAGAUGGAGAAGAGUGCAAACAUGUUUUGGGUUUCCUAUGUACCUUGCUUGAAACGAAUAAUCCAGUACUUCUAGGAAAUGCGAAUUGUAAUUUACCCAGAAUAGUGCAUAUAAUUGCUGAGGCAUUUCACAAAGAAGCUAUUGAAGUUACUUCUGAUGUUGGACAGAGGUUAAUUGCUUUAAUGAAAGACAUUCAGAUUAAUGCUCAACUCUUUUCAAUCUGUGUUAGGCACCUAACGCAACAACAGCUAGCAGCCUUACAGUCAGCCUUAGCACUUCAAUAAAUUGAGAAAAGAAAAGAAACUAUCUUGUACAGAGACUAAAAACUGGUUGCUAUGACUUUUGUAGUGAAGAUUGUUAACUUAUGAUGUUCUGUUAACGCAUGAAAACUUCUUUGGCCUUAAUAUAAAUAUGAUCUACUUUUAUGAUGACUAAAUAAAUGUUUAAAUUUCCAUAA